UAAAUCUCAUGAGAGUCGAUCAUAUUCACAUAGCUGAUCAACCAAAAAUAAAAAGUAAUCAUCUGAUUUUAUCUUCCUCGCUCUAGCUCCUUCUAAUUCCUUCAAUCUCUAUCCCCCAAAACUCUGACACACAAUACACCAUGGAUGAAUCAACCCCUGUAAACUGGGAAGCUUUGGAUGCUCUCGUCGUCGAUUUCGCCAAUUCCGAAAACCUCUUCUUCGAUGACAAUCACUCUUCCUCUCUCUCUCCUCCUUCUUCUCCUUCUUCCUCCUCUCUCUCUCCUCCUUCACCAUCUUCGUCGUCGUCUUCUUCUUCGUCGUAUCAAUCACGCCUCCUGAUUCGUCAAAUCAGACGCCUGUUAGAGUCCGGUGAUGUCGACUCCACUUUAGAUCUCCUCCGUCUUCACGCUCCUUCCAUCUUACAGGAUCUCCGCCUCCUUUUCUGCCUUCAGAAACAGAAAUUCAUUGAGUUAUUGAGAAGAGGAACACCUGAGGAUCGCGAUUCUGCUUUUCAAUGCUUACGCACUUCCCUCGCUCCUUGCGCUCUUGAUGCUUAUCCUGAAGCGUAUGAGGAGUUUAAGCAUAUACUUUUAGCACUAAUUUAUGAUAAAGAUGACACUAAUUCACCAGUGGCUACUGAGUGGUCUGAAAGACGAAGGUUCGAAAUUGCUGGAUUGAUGUCCUCUAUUAUGAGAGCACAUCUUCAGGCGCAUGAUCCCUUGUUCUCAAUGACAUUGAGAUACUUGAUAAGUGUACACAAGGAGUUCUGUCUUCGUCAAGGAGUACCCUCACCCAUCUCUGACCUGACUGAGAGGUUGCUUCUUGAGGACAAAGAUACUCCAGCAACACCCCAAGAGUCACUUGUUGAACUGCCUCCAAUUUGUGAGGAGGACGUACAAGCCCUAGCCCAUGCUGUCCAGCUUACCAGACAGGGGGCAGUUUAUAGCUUAAGAUUCGCAAAGGGUGACUUAGUUCAGGCUUUUCAGAAUGAACUAUGCCGUAUGAGGUUGCAUGUAUCUACUCUGGAUGAGCUUGUCCGCGAAUAUUGUGUUUACAGGGGUAUUGUUGACCCUGUAGUGCCUUCCUCUGGAUCUAGAUUGCUGGCUGACGCUGCCCAUUUGAAAGCUAGUAAACUAAAUGCUACUGAUGUGUCAAUGGAUUGUUCCCUUGAUGCGGAUUGUGGAAAUAGCAAAAAUUCAGAUGAUGGAUCUUCCAUUGUUAAUGCUCAUGUGGAUGGAACUGAAAUCAGCACAGACAUGAUUAGGAUGCAAGAUACUGAUGUGGAGAUGCGAUUUCCUUGUGAGGGUACAAGUAACCAUGAUGACUGUAGCACUAGUGGAACUCAUCAAACUACAAACUCGAGGAUUUUCCAGAGAAAUAGAAGUCAUGAAAUUGGGGAAGUGAGAAGACGCAAAAGAUGGAGAGAAAGAAAUGACGAUCCACAUUUUCCUGCUGGCACACUGUCUAAUGAGAGCAAUAAACAAGAGGGAUCUGAAAAGCAUAGCCCUUCAGAUUCUAACUACAAGGAGGAUAGAUGUGAGACUGUUUUGAGCAUCAAAGAUUUAGCUGAUCGAGGUAUGGCAGCUGAAGUGGUAGAAGAGGUAAACACGUUGGACCCUGAAUUUUUCGGCCAGAAUCCCUUGUUGCUUUUCCAACUGAAGCAAGUUGAGUUUCUGAAACUGGUUGAUUCUGGUGAUUACUCUGGUGCUCUGAAGGUUGCAUGCACCCAUUUGGGGCCUUUAGCAGCCAACGAUAAGGACCUACUAAAACCUUUGAAAGAGACGCUAUUAGCUUUGCUCAGGCCUAAUGAAAUUGAUUUUAAGAGAGAUCUCCCUGUCCAUGCGUUAGCAAGUUCACUUCAGGUUGCUAUUGGUAGGAGGCUUGGCAUUGAAGAACCACAGCUUAUGAAAGUGAUGCAAGCCACGCUUCAUACACAUACUGAGUGGUUUAAACUUCAAAUGUGCAAAGAUCGCUUUGAAUCAUUUUUGAAGAUUGAUACCUUGAAAGAAGUCAAUAGCCUGUUGCUGGCUGAUACUGUUUCUAAAUCUCAAAUAGAUGCUCACAGUCAUGGAUCAUCUCAACUUACAAUUUCAUCUAGUGGUGGGAACCCGGAAGAUAGCAACAGCCCAACUCAAGUGUCGUCCCAAGAAGUUUGUGAUGAAGGUGCAAUCCUCAAAGUUAUGGAAUUUGUUGCACUUCCCAGGGCUGACGCCAUCCAUCUGUUGGCACAAUAUAAUGGAAAUGCUGAGAGUGUUAUCCAACACAUUUUUGCAGAAAUCUGAUAGCCAUCAGUGUAUCAUUCAACGAUCUUUAUUGGUUGCUUGCAGCACUGAUGGUUUCUAGAGUUUGCAUCUUGUAGAUACAUGGUGGCUUCUUCUGUAUAUCCCCGUUCUUGGGUUUAUUAUUUAUUCCUACAAUUCUUUCAUGUUUAUAUACUGCACUGGUUGAACCAUUGUUUGUAGUCUGGCUGAAUUGAUUAAAUUGGUUAUCAAUAUCAUAAUAUCCACUUGCUGGACAUCAAAGGAUGCCUAGCUUUCAAAA